CGUGGGCGAGGAGGAGACCUAAAGAUAAAAAAAGACUACUGUUUAUAAAAUGCGUAGGAGGACAUGACUCUUUUUUUCUCCUACAAAACCUCAUAUGAAAUCCAGGUUUCAAACCUUUGGUUGAAAGUUUCUCAUUGAGGCACAAGGCUCUUUAAUGUCUGUGUAACCUAAAAUGGAAGAAGACGAGUACAUAUUUGAUGCAAGAGACAAAGCAAUUAUAGCUUUAUUGGAAAUGAUAAAGAAUAUGCUUAUGAAGAGGUUGUAUAAGAAGGACGAAUGGAUUAACAGGUAUAUUGGAACAAGAAUUUCAUCAAGAGCAUGGUGUGAUCUGCCUCCAGAGCUUUUAAGGGAGAUAGCAAACAGCUUAGGACUAUUUGAUCUUCUUGCUUUUCGCGGAGUUUGCAAAGACUGGCGCUCUGCUUCUUUCACAGCGUCCGCCCCCAUUGAAUCAGCUCGUGACACAAAGCCAUGUUUCCUACUUCACAAUGACCGCGAUGAGAAAACCAUCCUCUUUAACCCGACCACCAACAAAAAUUACAAUAUCAAUAUCCCCGAAUUGAAAGAAGCAACUUGCCUUGCAUCAACCCAAGGUUGGUUACUUGUAUCCCAAAAAGGUCACGUUUUCUUCUUCUGCCCUUUCUCUCGCGCGAAAAUUGUCCUCCCACCGCUUCAAGAAUCAGAAAUUUCUCCCGGGGCUGCUGUGUUUACUUCUCCUCCUUCGUCAAUUGACUGCGUUACGGCUAUCAUUUAUAAGAAAAAUGAUCAUGUCUUGGAACUAAACGUGCUAGAACGCGGAGUUAGCUCGUGGAUGAAGUAUGAAUAUGAUCUCAAACUCAAACAGAGGAAUUUUGGUGUUGUUAAAGGUGCUACUUCUCAUGAUGGUUGUUUCUAUAUCAUGGAUGAUAAGAACGAGCUAUUGACAUUCACAUUGGAAGAUAAAAGUUUUGAGAUUUACAGGAUAGUUAAUGCAAGUAAGGAUCCAAAUGUGGUAAGCCUGCCCUUUAGGAUAAAGGACAAGUGUUUCAAUAGUAGUGAUUUGAAAAAGCAGAUGAAACUUGGAGAUGAUGUUACUAUUUCUACUUGUGCUUCCUCUUACUUUGGAAGUGAUUCUGAAAUUGUCAUCAAGAAUGAAAACAUUGAGGCCAUGGAAGGAUCUGAAGCUCAACAUUUCAAAGGAAUUUGGAUUCAGCCUAGAUUCUUUCAACUCCCUCCAAAUUAUAGCUGGUCUCUUUGAGGUUUUGCUCUAAUAUUAAAUCAAUUUCCAUCUCUUCACUUCAUUUAUUUAAAACCAAUACAACUAUACAAGUUGUUGGAAUGUAGUGGAUUGAUAACAGUGGGACAGUUUACUUUGAUUAUUUAGUUAUAGCACAUAAAUUUUCAUGUC